CGCGCCAAAAAAUAAAGAAGCUCAAUCGCAAGAACCCUAUAUUGGGCGGCAAAAGAAUGGGGCUGCUUUGGGGGCGCAAGAAGAAUGCUGCGCCGACUCCAACUCCAGCGCCGCCAGCGCCAGCGUCGGACCCAAAUCCAGCCGAUCCUCCCGUCUCCGCGGAUGUCGACGCAGCGGCUUCGUCGGCAGUGAGUAGUAGUAGCGAUGGCGUUGCUGCAGGAUUGCUGGCGGCGGAGACGAGCGUCUUCGAAUUUGGGAGCGCAGGAAGAGAGAAAGUGACGCUGGCUGGCUACUGCCCGGUGUCCGAUGCCCUGGAGCCCUGCCGCUGGAAGAUCCUUCCCUCUGGCGAUGGAGCGCCCAAGUUCCGGGUUAUCUUUUGAUAAACCCUAGCUCGUCUUUUUGCCUUUGUUAAGGCACUUGGUUCGAAUCUUGUGUGGAUUUGAUUAAGGGCCAAUUACCAUCCUUUUUAUUUUCC